AUGGCAGAGCUUCUCGGAGUUCUCAGAGGCCUUCAGCUAGCGUGGCAUCAUGGUUACAGGAAGGUAGUUUGUGAAUCAGAUUCUUUGAGUGUGGUGCAAACCUUGUCGACAGGCAAAUCAGUAAACCUCCAUUCUUGUGCGGUGCUCUUGACAGAAAUUCAUUGUAUGCUUCUGGAGGAUUGGGAGGUGAUUUUCAAGCAUGUCUUGCGGGAUAAAAACAACGAAGCUGACACUCUAGAAAAGCUUGGCUUAGAGAAGAAGUGGAGGCUCACAACCUGGAAUUCCCCUCCCACUGAGCAUGUUCAGUUGGGAGGUCUAGUCUAA